AUGGCGCAGGCCAAGCCGCUCUUGUCUGGUGCGCCUUUCGCAGCGGUCGCCUGCCGGAGGCUCGCUUCCUGCACUGUCAGUUCGUUCUUCAGGUCUUCAGCUUCGAUUUUCUGCCUCUCGCAGGGUCAGCAGCAGGACAGGGGUGCAGAGCAUCUGGAACCGGGGUUCCUUCAGUUGUUCUGUUCACCCGAGAAGCACUCAAGCCGGAGCUCGGCGGCAGCGAGUGCAGCGGGUGCUAUCCGCGCAAGCUCGCAUCUCUUACCGUUUAAUGGCUCAUGUUUCACUCCGCUGCUCGCCUAUCGCCCUGCGUGUGCAGGGGCUUCAGGGUCACCACGCAGACAUACGGUUUCCUCUUUUGGCGAGAGCAGGCGGCACAUUUCAUCGGCCGGAGGCCAGGAGUCAGAUCCUAGUUCGUCACCACGCCAGAGCAAACGUAGAUUGUUUCGCACACAGUCUAUUUCGAGCGACGAUAAGAAGUUGGACACGAUAAAAGGUGAAGGUGUCGCCCCCUUGUCUCGGAAGACCAACUGUGCUCCCUCCCCGCUAGGACGCGACGAAGGAGGUGUUUUUGCAGCUGAAGCCAAAGAGCCAGGGAACCAAAGGAAUCCGGCUCUGCGUGUUUGCAGAGACUUCCUCGAUGCCGUUGGCAUGACGCCUCUGAUUUACCUGAGACGGGCGAGUGAAGAGGCGAGAUGCGAUAUCUUCGCAAAAUGUGAAUUCAACAAUCCUGGCGGGUCCGUCAAGGACCGACCCGCGAAAUACAUUCUCCAGCAAGCUGAAAGAGAAGGUACGGACAUGCUGAAGGUGUGUGGGGCUUUGGUGGUUGAGGUCCCUUUCAACAAAGUCUGGCAUCCAGAUCAUUUUGUUGCCUUCUCUGGACGCCUCGCUUCUGUUCUGAACGCGUGCUGGGGGAAUCAAUUCGAUAAUUUGGCCAACAAGCUCUCCCACUUCGAAACCACGGGCCCUGAGAUCUGGGAUCAAAUGGACGGCCGCGUCGACGGCUUUGUGUCUGCGGCUGGCACCGGCGGGACUGUUUCUGGGGUCUCGGAGUUCCUGCGCACUCAGAAUCCAGACAUCCAAAUUUGCUUGGCGGACAUCCCCGGCUCAGCGCUCUUCCGCUACUUCACAGAGGGCGCGCUGCGCGCAGAAGGCUCUUCCGUAGUCGAAAACAUCGGUCAGGGUCGCAUCACGGGGCAGCUCGCGGGCUUCCGGCCGAACGUCGCCUACGAGAUACCCGACGCUGAGUCUCUCUCUUGGACGCACUCGCUUCUUGAGGACGAAGGCCUGGCUGUCGGCAUGAGCAGCGGAGUCAACGUGGCAGCGGCUGUGCGCUUCGGAAAGAAGCUCGGACCAGGUCAUCGCAUUGUAACAGUCCUGUGUGACUCAGGUGUGAGGUACGCCAAGAAGCAGUGGAAUGUCCCCUUCCUGCGAGAAGAGGGGCUGCCUUAUCCUCGACUCCUCGCCGACCAGAAACGCGAACUCGGUGGUAUCAUGGAGGCUGUCCAUGCCGCGUACGCGCCUCGUGACCUCGUCGCGAAACUCGAAAAAGCGCACGAAAACGAUAUUUCGCCGCCCGGCAGCAAGUUGUAG